CUUACGUACCACGCUCCUAACGAGAUUGUUCGCCGAAACCGAGCCGAACGCAGCAGCUUAACGAGUGCAAACCCUCAAACAAAUAUCUCCUAAAAAAUAUACGAAAAUGAACAACGCUGUAUUAUAUCAAAAACACAACAUUAUAUCAAAAAAUGAUGCUUUGAAAUGUUUAGAGGAAUAUGGACAACUAAUUACAUGGAAAAACGGCAAAAUUACGGUUUUAGACUUAGGUUGUGGAGAUGGAAGCGUAACGACGAGUAUACUGAAACGAUUUAUUCCCAAUAAUUGUGAAAGACUGGUAGGUUGUGAUAUUAGCGAAAGCAUGGUAAAGUAUGCUAAUGAGCACUAUGCGAAUGAUCACACCAGUUUUAUGGUGUUGGACAUUGAGGGCGACUUACCGAACGAGCUUCGAGGAAAUUUUGAUCACGCAUUUUCAUUCUACGCCAUGCACUGGAUCCAAAAUCAAGAGGUUGGAUUUAGAAACAUAUAUGAUCUACUAUCAGAGGGUGGCGAGUGCUUUUUAGUAUUUCUGAGUCAAUGGCCAAUGUUUGACGUUUAUCGCACCCUAUCUCGUUCAACAAAAUGGAAGUUAUGGAUGGAAGAUGUUGAACGCUUUAUUUCACCCUAUCAUGACUGUCAGGAACCUGAAAAGAAGGUCAAACAAUUGAUGAUGUCGAUCGGAUUCACUUCGGUGGAAGUCGAAUGUUUGCAGAAGACAUUUGUUUAUCCCGACCUCGAUGUACUCAAAGGAUCUGUAACAUCAAUCAAUCCUUUCAAAAUACCAAAAGAUUUAGAGGAAGAUUAUGUGGUAGAUUUCUUUAAUGUUCUCCGAGACUUGCGUGUUAUUGAUCAUGCAAGCAGUAACGUCGAUGAACCGAUCAAAGCGACAUUCAACUACCAUCUUAUUGUAGCCAAGGGAAGAAAAUAGUCGAUUUUUUAAGUAAAACGUUUGUAAAGUAAUACAAAGUUUUUAAAGUAGUACAAAAUAUUAAUAUGACUUAA